AAUAAUAAUUAAUAAAAAUAAUUAAUAAUUAAUUCUAAAUUUAAACCAAAAUAAAUAAAUAAAAUUCCAUUUUUAUCCCACGCUUUCUCCAUGACCACCCCCUUCUUGUUGACUAUAAAACCUAUCUCCAUGAGACCACCCAAUCAUCAUCAUCAUCAUCAUCAUCAUCAUCACAGAGCACGAAUCUCGAUGCUAAUCAUCGGAGAUCCUGAGGCACGGCGGCGCCUUCUUCAGGCGAUCCUCCUCCUCGCCGCAGUGGCCCUCCCAUGCACUCUCCUCUACCUCAGCACCACGCCAUCCAUCCGUUGGUCUCUCCUCUCCAAUCCUUGGCGGCCUAUCCCCUCCUCCUCCAUCAAAGACCUCCGGGGAGUUCUCAGCUCCGCCGCCAUGGCGGACAAUAAGACGGUGAUCUUAACGACGGUGAACUCGGCGUGGAUAUCACCGGGUUCAGUGCUGGACUUGUUCAUGGAGAGCUUCAAGCUUGGGAAUGAAACGAGUGAGUUGUUAGAUCAUUUGGUAGUGGUGGCCAUGGAUAAGAAGGGUUACGUGAGAUGCAUGGAGGUGCACAAGCACUGCUUUGCGUUGACCACUGAAGGGGUUGACUUUUCAGAACAGAAGAACUUCAUGUCCGGUGAUUACUUGAAGAUGAUGUGGAGGAGGCUUGAGUUUCUUGGAACUAUUCUUGACUUUGGCUUUGACUUCAUCUUCUCAGAUACUGAUAUAAUGUGGUUUAGAAAUCCCCUGCCACAUUUCUAUGAAGAUGGAGAUUUUCAAAUAGCAUGUGACCAUUUUGUGGGCAAUCCAAAGGCCUUAAACAAUAGACCAAAUGGUGGUUUCAUGUAUGUGAAAUCAAACAACAAGACCAUAAGUUUUUUCAAAUAUUGGUUCAAAUCAAAAGAAAGGUAUCCUAAAGACAAUGAACAAGAUGUUUUCAAUUUGAUCAAGAAGAAUGCAUUCACAAGAGGGUUAGGAAUGAAGAUGAGAUUUCUCGAUACUGCAUAUUUUGGUGGUUUUUGUGAACCGAGUAGAGAUUUCAACAAAGUUUGCACAAUGCAUGCUAAUUGUUGUAUUGGUUUGAGAAGGAAAAUUCAUGACCUUGGUUUGAUGCUCAAUGAUUGGAGAAGAUACAUGUCGAUGAAUCCGAAGGAAAGACAAAGUCGGAAAAUGUCUUGGAGUGUGCCUGAAGAAUUGUAGUCUCGCUCCGCUUAGUUAGCAUGCUUCUUGUUUUAUAGCAUUGCUGUGUGAUUUUUUUUUUAAUUGUGAAUAAUUGAGUGUUUUAUGGGUUUGAUGAACAUCUGAUUUGUAUUUUAAUAGUUUUGUGUUGAUUAAGAUUGUUAAGAUGUACAUGUACACAAGCAAUUACAAGUUGAAAAAA